AUGCGACGUCCCUGCAUGAAUCAAAACCGCGAACUGUCAUGUUACCUCCUUACCAAAAUUUCAUGGAAAGGCAGUUACAAGCGUCUCCUGAGCAUUGGAACGAUGGGCAUCACCACAUACAACAAGGAUCUUCUGCGUGUCACCAAUCAAUGGCUUUACAGUGAGAUACAUGGUUGUCGACCGGAUAAAACGAUCAAAUCUGGCCAGCUCCAACCCAAUCGCCUUAUCCUCACUCUUUCCGACCCCAACCGAAAGCGAUAUGAACUCACUUUUGCUUCGGAUCAUCGGGUGGACGUGUUGACUGACUUGUUGCGUUUUCGUCAUCGCUUUUCCGAACGGAUCGCACAAUAUCCGAAGGUGCCAGCGGUCAAACUUGGCUGGUCCGAACGGGUUUCAAACGUGCUACUAAUGACCAGCCCAAUCUCAUUGGAUCAGAUAGACGCCAGCAGUGGUGCGGUUUUGAAGAGUUAUCUUUAUCGUGAUCUGGAGUGUCUGGAUCGGUCUAUCACCUCUUGCGGUUUCCUGAGUCUGGACGUUUCUUUAGAGUUGCUGCAUUUCUCAUUGUUAACAUUCGAGGAUGAAUUUACCUCUCAGUCAGAAUUCACCGUUCAGAAAGUUGUCCACCGCUUGGCCUCCAAGGUUGUGUACGUAUCCCGUUUGCUAUGCAUCACUGAUACAUUCCUUCUGGAACGCGAUCCGCUCAGUUACCGCGCUGUUUGUGCGUAUCCUUUGUGCGAGAUCUACGCCCUCGUUCGUGAUCGGGGUCAGCCGCAGCAAUUCUCUGUGGAAUUGGUCCGUUCGGAUAUGAAAACGUACUGCUCUACUGACAGAGAUGCUCUGCUGGCCUCUCUACUAGAUAGUGUCCGUGCCAGUGGCAAUCGGGACGUGUGUGUUCGAAGUUGCGCGCUCAACCGAGCUUUCCGGUUUUGUCCCACCAUAGUGCCCGCCUCCGAAGAGGUUGAGUCUGUGCAUUUACGGUUCCUGAGACAGCAACCAGAAGGCGUCUCGUUUUGGGAGUGCGUGCAGCGGUUCAAUGCGAACGUGGCAUACAGCGGUCUGACGCACGCAGUCACCCAGGAUGGCAUGUUUGUUGAGAACAAGGAGCGCCUCAUCAGAGAUGCCUUAUCAGCCAUUUUAACGCAACCACCACCUGGCUUAGACGCCACUCUGGCUGAUUCGUUGCCGGGUGUGGGUUCCAAACCAAUGAACAAAAAACCCAACACAUUGAACAGCGAUUCGCAUACUCAAUUGAUCUUGUUGGAGGCACAGUUCCACGCUUUACGUCGCUUGGUUGCCUCCAAAACCGGUUUUAACGCGUUCACUCAACUUCCGGGCAUGCGUGUCACACUCGGACGCAUCGUGGUCAGCGCGCUACGCCGACGAGAUGAUGCUGUCGCACAUGCGGUCCUCGAUGCGAUUAACACAUUGAUGCAUCCGAUGCACGAGGCACCGGACAUUCGGCAAGAGCAACUCAACAAAACCUCCAUCAUGUCAAGCGAGGCAUUCAUGUCUCGACUGGUGGACAUUUUUACUCUUCAUUCACUUCGUGGGACUGGUGCACUAGUUCUGUGUGCGCUUCUGGACUUCUUCACAUUCGCCAUCUGCUUGCCGUACUCGGAGACUUCGGAUGGAGGUUCCUUCGAUUGCCUCUUGCGUCUGGUGGCGAACCGAGGACGUGCUUUAUUUCGACUGUUCCAUCACCCCAGCUUGGCUAUUGUCCGCGGUGCUGGUUUAGUGAUGCGCGCAUUAAUCGAAGAAGGUGGGGAUGAGGUGGCCAGCGAAAUGCGAAGUCUGGCUCUAUCUGAGGGCGCUCUUUUUCAUCACUUGUCUGUUGCUUGCUUUGCCCAAGGCAAGGAUGCGCGGAGCCUGGCUGUAAAGCAGCUGAGUCGCCAGUUGGUCGCAUUGUGGACCGAACGAAGCCCGGAGGCUCAAGAUCUGCUUAAGCGUAUGUUUCCUCUUGGAUUGUUGGCCUUUUUGGAGAGUGAUGCUUCUCCUCCAGUUGUAUUGGCUAACCAUUUGCCCAACCGAGACAACUUAAAACUGGCGCAGGAUCACAUGUCUCGAGUUGAGGAGAGGAAACAAACGAUCCGAUAUCAGAUGGAGACUCGUAUCGAAAAUCUUCUCACGCAUUGGCGACUGCGCGUCGGCCUUCCACCUCCGAAACCGAACAUAAAUCAGGAGUUGGAGGAUCGACCGGUAGUUUUGCGUCUUCCUCGGCAUCAACGACAAAAGUUACGGCCUGCAGACUCGGCCGACACUUCACCGCGGACCAACUGGAAGUACUUCUUUUACCAGUUUGAACAAGAUCAUGCCAAACCAGAUUUGGUAUGGAACUUACCUGGCGAUUGUGACUUGCAUGCUCCUUCCCACUUCACGCACAGCGCCUACGCUCACGAGUUGCUCAUCGGGGAGGUGUUCGUCCGAUUGUACAACAAACAACCGUCGUACCAGCUGGAGGAUCCGAAGGCAUUCACCAUCGCUCUGUUGAAAUUCAUCGCCGAGGAAGUUGUCAAUGUGGUCCCACAAGCGGCUCAAAAAGCCGAGUUCCCCAUUACGUCAGAUUGCACAGAGCCGGCAAAUUCGGAUUUGUCCGCGUCACUUUCGGAACUCGACGAUAUUGAUUGGUCAGCUGAAGCUGAAAGCAUUUCUAAUUUGACUUUGUCCCGUUUGAUUAUUUCACUGGACGCUCUAUCAAAUGUCAUCCACCACAAUGUCGGUGUCGAGGUGCAAUGUAUCGGACAUUUUCCACUUCUGUUCUCCAUCACACAACUGCACGGUUAUCCGGAGCUGCAGACGCGGGCUUUAGAGGUGAUCCAGUCCGUGUCCUCAAACAACGAAUGCCUGGCGGAUAUUGCGGCCUCUCAGGUACUAUCAUCCAUGGCGAUGUUAUUCCCCAGCCUACCUCGGUGUCAUCAACUACUCAUCGAGACAUUCGAUCAUUUGGUAAUGUCGACUCCUCUGCUGAAGGAACUCGUCUACUCUGGUGGUCUUGUUUACCUGCUUGAAAUUCUCGUACGUUCCCCUUCCCGGCGAGUACGUGAGGCCGCCGUGAAUUUGUUGUCACACUGUUUGGCUGAUAAACAAGUUGGACGUCGUAUCCAGGCCCUUCUCUGUCAAUAUUUACCGCCAAUCUUUCCCGAGACUUUACGUGACACGCCAGAAGCUUUUCUCAACCUUUUCGAUGCUGAUCAUGAAAACCCGGAACUGAUUUGGAACACCGAGUUUCGCAACAAAUUGGCAAGCGUCGUGAGCUUUCAAAGCAAAGAUUUCUAUACAAACCAAAUCCAGAACCCCAAGAUUCGUUGGUCCCUACCAGACUCAUUUCAUGUGGGCUACGCUGACGUGCUUAUGAAGGCUGCGACGGAAAGACUAAACGGUAACGCAGCAUCUGGUGAUGAGGAUCAGCUGAUUGCCUCCACAGGCCCAGUCGUCGUUGCUGGGGUGUAUUUACAUCUUUAUGUGGCAAGCCCCGGUUGGGUUUUGCGAAGACCAGAGGUCUUUCUUGACAGCAUACUGGAACGAUGGACUGAGACGAUUGGUCAACUUCCGGAGUCUGCAAUCCUUCUCCGACUGCUCACUAAAUCCUGUGUUGCCGUGCUGACUGGUCGACCAGGUCUGCUAGAUUCACUGCCUCGAAAGGGCUAUCUACACCGGAUUGCGGAAUUACUGCAUGAGAUACGCGACCCUGAAGGAGCAAAGGCUGCUGUGCUUCUACUUCACAAAAUGUCCACGAGUAAGGUGACCAAAUCCCUCGAAUCCCAUCCCAACUGGGCGGAGUAUCGAGAUCAAGGGCAUGCGCUAUUUUUGUCCAACGCGCCUCAUUCGGCCACAGCCUACUUGACCGCCGGUCCCUCAGCGGGUAGCUUGCAUUCCGGCUAUCUUACCUCUGCCUCCGCUUUGUUCACGAGUCUGAGUCAGGUUGAGCCACCACCCCCGUUUGCGAAUUGUCCACCAUCACCACCACCGCCUGCAUCCUCA